UAUUGGAUGAAUGAAUAUACUUCUUCCCUUGGAAUCGGAGUGUUUCAUUCAGGUAUAGAGGUGUAUGGCCGAGAAUUUGCCUAUGGUGGUCAUCCAUACCCUUUUUCUGGAAUAUUUGAAAUUUCACCAGGAAAUGCUUCCGAGCUAGGAGAAACAUUUAAAUUUAAAGAGGCUGUGGUUCUAGGCAGUACUGACUUUAUGGAAGAUGACAUAGAAAAAAUAGUAGAAGAGCUUGGAAAAGAAUUCAAAGGAAAUGCUUAUCACCUAAUGCACAAAAACUGCAAUCACUUUUCUUCAGCUUUAUCUGAGAUCCUCUGUGGAAAAGAGAUUCCACGAUGGGUGAAUCGCCUUGCCUACUUCAGCUCUUGUAUACCCUUUCUCCAGAGCUGCCUGCCAAAGGAGUGGCUAACUCCUGCAGCCCUCCAGUCUAGUGUUAGCCAGGAGCUACACGAUGAGCUGGAGGAAGCUGAGGAUGCAGCAGCAUCAGCUUCCUUGGCAAGCUCAGCAUCUGGGUCUAGAACUGGACGCCACACCAAAUUAUAAGUCCUCCUCCAAAGUAACAAGUGGUUUGAAAUACUUCAGUUUAAUCUCUCCAGCAACUGACUUCCUGACAGAACACGAGAGCUGACUCUAGAACACUGUUUUUAUAUGCAAAAAAAAAAAAAAAAGCAGCUCUCAUCAACCUGUUUCAGCUCAGGAUUAUUUAUGUAGUGAAAGGAAUUGCUGGGAGAAAAGGCAAGGAUUUUGUGUGAAGCCACCCUUUUCAUUUUCACCUGUUUGGUAGACCUGGGUUAACUUAACAUCUUGCAUAAAGCAGAACUUAAAUUAUUUGUUUACAGUAUUGUGUACUGCUGUUUACAAGUCCUGUAAGGACUCCUGCCACCGUGGAAGAAGCAAGAAUUUGAAUUUGAUUUAAUUGUUGGUGUCACUCAGAAGCAGUGGUAUGAUGCCAUGGAUGAACUUUCCCCCUUGUUUUCAAGGUUUAAGGCAGGUGAACGUUAAAACUGAGAAAUGCCAGAAACUGCUGAAUACUAUAUACAUGAACAGGGUACUGUGUGCUUAAAGUGGCUGAUGUAAGCAGGUAGAUUCCAGGAUGUAGGGAGACUGGUUGUGUCUAAGAUCUGUUCCUAGAAGUAUGACCUCUACAUUAAUGAAACUCUGGAUUUUUGCACAUAUGAAGGGAAAUUUCUCUCUCAUUACAAUGCACAUCGAUCCGUUCCUUUUUUUGAACUCAGCCAUGUAGCUUGGGUCCUGUCUUCUGUCAUUAUUACGGUUUACUUGUAUCAGGAUUUAGGCAUGUGAAUAUCGUUAGAAGCAGCAACAAAUUUUUCACUGUUUGCUUUACUUGAUUUCAAACUUGUAUGUGUAAGUUAGUACUUGUGUUCCUUCUCUGUUUGUUUGUUUCAUAUAGUUUGGAAUCCUGUAAAACAAGCCAUUUAUGGUUGGGGAAUGGCCUUGCUUCCUGCUGCUGAUUUUGCUUCAUUUGAGUUUGUAAACAUUGUCCUUCUUUUUUUGAGGUAUAAAUCACUGCCCAGUUGUGCAUAUCGCACAGAUGAUAGAAAAACCCUAAUUUAUUUUCCCGCAGUCUCUGUCUGUGGUGUUAACUUUCUUGUCAGAUGUAAUGAAGAAAAACCUGAAAAUUGCUUAUGCACCUGCGUGUUUACACAGCAGAACCCACUAAUCUGCACAUAUAAUUAUAUCUGAAGGUAAGAGAGAUUAUUUUCUAAAACACAGAAGUAUGUUUGCUGGUAGAUUAUAAUUAGAGCUAAAUUAUAAUUAGUGAUCAGAAUAUAUAAUGGAAUGCCUUAUUCUUGUUCACUUACCAAGAGAAUUCAUGGUUCUUCCAAUUAUUAGUGUAAAUUAGUGAGGUUCUAUUGUGCACAUAAGGCUACAGUAGCACAAACAUGAGGGAGGUGAGCUCGUGUAUUUUGUAAGACUUGCUGCCUUAAACUAACAAAAAACACACAAUCCCUAAACUGAU